GCAUGCGCCACAUUUAUGUUGUUGUUUGUGGCGGUAAGAUGGCGGCGCUCGGAGACACCUCAGCUCCGGGGGUGAAUGGGUUAAUACAACAAUUCACAGCAAUAACAGGGGCCACGGAAAGCGUAGGACAACAUAUGCUGGAAGCAUGCAACAACAACCUGGAGAUGGCAGUGACCAUGUUUCUGGAUGGAGGAGGGAUCGCUGAGGAGCCCAGCACCAGCUCCAGUUCAGCAGCUUCAAGCAGCAGAGCUCCCCCUUCAGAUGAAGUAAGAGCACCCAUUCCCCAGAAGCAGGACAUAUUAGUGGAACCUGAACCACUGUUCGGAGUGCCAAAGCGAAGAAGACCUGCUCGAUCUAUAUUUGAUGGUUUCCGAGACUUCCAAACAGAGACAAUUCGCCAGGAACAGGAGCUGCGUAACGGUGGCACAGUGGAUAAGAAACUGAGCACCCUGGCAGACCUUUUCCGUCCUCCCAUUGAGCUCAUGCACAAAGGCAGCUUUGAGACGGCAAAAGACUGUGGACAACUGGAGAACAAGUGGCUUAUGAUCAACAUUCAAAAUGUUCAGGACUUUGCCUGCCAGUGCCUGAACAGAGAUGUUUGGAGUAACGAUGCAGUGAAAAACAUCAUCAGAGAACAUUUCAUAUUCUGGCAGGUUUAUCAUGAUAGUGAAGAGGGACAAAGAUACAUCCAGUUCUAUAAGCUGAACAAGUUUCCCUACAUUUCAAUUCUUGAUCCCCGCACAGGUCAAAAAAUGGUGGAGUGGAAUCAGCUGGACGUAGCGUCGUUCAUGGAGCAGACGACUGGCUUCCUAGCGGAGCACGGGCAGCUCGAUGGGCCGUCCUGUCCCGCACCCCCCGCCAAACGAGCUCGAUCUGAGAGUCUAAUUGAUGCCAGUGAAGACAGUCAGCUAGAGGCAGCGAUCCGAGCCUCCCUACAGGAGACCCACUACGAGUCAUCAAAUGCUCUCGAAGCCCCCGAUUCCCCCAAAUCGGAAGAAGAAUCAGAUGCAGAGCCUUUCUCUGACAGCGAGGGUCCCAUCUCUGUUGAUGGCUCAGACAGCGAAAUGCCAGUGCCCCACGAAGAGAAAAGUUUUACCAGCAAACAUACACCGCUCCCUGCGGCCGCCGCGGCUCAGCAGCGUCUACAUCCCGAUAGUUCCACUUCUUCCCAUAGAAAGUCUCCAUACAAAGAAAACAACCACAGUCACAAGAAGGAGGAGAGCAAAAAGAACCACCUGGAGCCCUCGGCCGCUGGUCCUCGUCAUCAUCAGCCUGACGCAGAUUCUGGAGGUAACCACUGUCCCCCAGCAGCCGAAAGCGCUGGACCGUCCAGGACUAGCACCAUCAAAACCUGUGACGUGGACUGUCCUGACGACAAUGGUCCCAAAGCCAGGUUGAUGCUCCGUUACCCAGACGGACAGAGAGAACAAAUUUCCUUGUCUUCUAAAGCAAAACUUUUGGCCCUGGUAAGACACGUCCAGUCCAAAGGUUACCCCAAUGAACGUUUCGAACUCGUCACCAACUUUCCCAGAAGGAAGCUCGCCCACUUGGACUAUGACAUCACGCUGCAGGAGGCGGGGCUUUGUCCACAGGAGACUGUAUUUGUUCAGGAGAGGAACUAGCCUUGUCAGACACACUCACUUUCGCUUGUCUGUAUCUCUCUGUGAUAGACCUCACCCUUUCACCAAUGACCUGGGACGAUGUCACUUGAUCCCAAAACCUUCUGUUCUUCUGGAAUUAGGCCCCGUUUUUUGCCAAGACAGCUCUCAGUGGAUGGACUACUUUCCCUGCCACUCCACUUAUCUGAAUACUGACGUCUCUACUGACAGCCUAAUACCUUUUUACUGCUCUACAAUUGGCCAGUAAGGUGUACGGAUGUCGGCACUCUUUAAUUUUUUUUUAAUGUGGUUUACUCUUUUCUGAUGAAGGCUUCAUUUUGUUUUGAACUCUGAGGCACUUCAGGAAAGAAUAAAUAUAUAUAGCUCAUAUUCAAAUAAAAAUGAAAAACAAAUAAUGGAUCACUGAUUGAUGAUGAGGCACCAGGGACUUGUACAAAAAUACUUUACCUCCCAGAAAGGAUGUUUAAUGUCAGAGUUUAUUUUCUUGCUCUUCUUGUUAUUUUCUGUACAUGGGGUCAGGUAGAAGGAGGCUCAUUCUUUUUUAUUUGACCCAAAUUUGGUCUCUCACACAGUCCUUGUUUCAACAUUUGUAAUUAUUUGGAAGAUAGGGGCACUAGGAGAAAAAGGUCCUGAAAUAACAGGUCAAUCAAGAAAAUGUGUCGGACAUCUGUUGCACACUUGUGUAAAUCUGAGAGGAUUUGGGUGGAUCUGCACAUUUUUACUCAAGUUUCUAUUGGUUAAUUAGAGACUAGUAGAUUGUUUUUGGAUUUCAACUUUUGAUACAGAAGGGAAUGAAUGCAGGGUGGUACAUCUCAUCAGUCGGACCUACACUGUACAGAGAUGGCCUAGAAAGACUGGUAUUUAGCUGUAGUCACUGUUUCCUUUCUUUUUUUAUAUGCUGCCAAGAAAAUAUGCUGAUGUUGAAAUAUAACCACCAAAACCAAGGGAGAUUCUGCUUGGUCUUUUGUCACAUUUUCAAUGAAGUUCCCAGGCCUGAUGGUGAUGAGACAAAUGUCAAAGGAUACAACGAAAACCAAUAUCAAAUCAGAUAUAGGAAAAAUGUUGUGGAAAGGGAAAAGCAGCUACUCUUAAGAAUCAACUGCAACAACAAAUAUGUACUACUCUGUAUUCUGCUAUGAAGAUUUGUUUCAGUAUGCACCAAGCUAAACCUGUGUCCCUGCUGAAUUUUUAUUUGAUCAAAUUAUGUCAUUAAGGCACUUUAGCAACUUCAUAUAACUUUUUUCUUGUUAGAUAAGAGCCAGGGUUUCUUGUCAGAUAGCCUGAUUUGUUGGCAUUUAGGUCUAAAGCUGACAAUGUUUAGUGAAUGUAACAGUCUGGUAGUAGAUGAGAGAAGCACCUUAGAGUUUAAACCAAUGAUUUGUAUUGAUGAAGGCUAGAGUAAUAAGAUACCAUGAGGGCUUUAUUAAGCCUAAAUCUUGGCCGUAGGUGGCAGUAAUGGGCCUUAAAUGGCAAACAGUUCUUCAAUAAGUAAGGCCAGGAAGAAGAAGACCACUAGUCAGUGUAAUUAAUGAAGGUUUGAAAAUAUUAAAAUGAGCCUUACAAAUGUUUUAUGAAGUACGUAAAGAAUAGUGUGUUUUUUUUUUUUUAGUAAAGAAAACUUCAUGCUGUUGCAGUUGGUCCUGGAGAGUAGCUGUUUUCCUUUUCUAUUCAACUUUUCUAUAUUAAAGCCAUACAGAGAACUCCCGUCCUGGAAGGAUGGAGGAGAUGUGUGCUUCCAUGUCAGUAAACUAAUAUCAGAACAAGCUAUUUGGUAGAAUGUCAGAUGGCAGUCAAAUAAGUUUCAACACAGAAGUUCAAGGGGCCAAGGAUUUGUGCAAAUUUUGUAAUUUGGAUAUGAUGAAUAUAAGCAGGAGUAUAACUAUUAAAGCAAUGUCAGUAAUUCAAUUAUUGGAUGAAUAUUGAACAUCUCUAAAGAUAGAAAUAGGAAGAUGUGACCAGUGCUAAAGUAUUUCGAAACAACAGUUCCCUUCCUCUCUUGUCACAGUACAUCACUGUGAUUCAUACUGUGGAUCACAUUUAGUGUCAAGCCUUUGAAAAUAAAAUGAACAUUUCAUUGGUUAGCAACUUAAAAUUUAAAUAUAUUUUUUUUCAUAUUCCCCUUUGAUUGAGGGCCCCCAACUGAUAAUGGUAAGAGUAUCUGUAUGGGACAAUGGUCAGAGGUGAAAGAAACGGACUUGCAGCUGUACAAACAGAUGAGGACACUGCAGUGUGGAUACUACAGUACGCAAAGGGCAUUCCUUCACCUAAGGUUUUUCUUGUGUUAUGGACAAUUGGAGGGUAA